AUGGGUACUGCUGGUUCGGGUGUUCAGCCAGCAAGAACAGUCACUUCGAAGCCUCAGACAACAGCAAGUUCAGCCCUCUUUGAGGCCUCUCUGCGCAACUUUUGCCGACCCAACGAUGAUCGAAGAAAGGCCUGGAACCCCAGCUGCCGCAUAGCCUAUAAGAGCAAAGUUAUUGAACCGCAUGGAAGCAGAGAGACUUUUCAGCUCAUUCAACCCUUUGAGACCGCUAAAUGCGCCUCAAAAGCCAAGCCUUUCACGCCUGUCCAAAUCAAGUCCUUUCCGCCUAUUUGCGCACAAAGUGUCAAAGUUAGUGCGCGCUAUCAGUCAGGCAACGACAACACCAACCAGGCGAUGGACAACUUGAAGUGUCUUGUAGAUAAUUUUGUACGUAAACUCUUCAGUGGGGCUGGGAAUUUUGAUGAAAGUGCGCUUGAAGAACUGAGAAUGACGUUUAGCAGGAUACAGCAAAAUUCCACGACUGCCCAGGAUGAGGGUCAAAACGGAAGCAAUGUUGUACAGAACGGUUCCUGUGGAUCUCAACAAACUCUCUAUCAGACGGUUUUAUGGUGUAUUAUCUUUCAGGCCUGUAUCGAUGUGCUAUCAAAACCGAGCGAGACCUGUUCUGUAGACCACCUUCUAAAUCGGUCUUGGAAAUACCUCGAGAAUAUGAGAAGUAUUUUGCAGCCUUACAUUUCCAUUGAAGAGGAAAAACAUACUGUGUUGCAUUCAAAAGUCAACGUGAAUCAGUCCAAUAGGGCGGACUUUUUUGAAGGAAGCGAUGGCUUUUCAAGCCACCUUACGGAACAGUCUCAAUCCUGGGAUUCUUAUACUUCAACACGGUCCCCUCGGACAACCAGCUAUCGAAACAAGGGAAUUCAAACGCUCACACCUCAGAUGAUUCCGCCUUCGACAGGCAGCUUACGGCAUAGCUGUCAGGAGCCAGAACCAGAAGGACUUCGACGGAAGUAUGAGUCGUCGAAACGAGAACUAGCCGUCGAAGCCGAUCGUGAGGCGCGCGUUACGAAUGACUAUGGGAUUGCCGAAGCGAUUAUGCAGAAAACAAGAUUCAAGACGCAAAAUUAA